UUGAGCCACCGCGCCCGGCCACAUAUCAUUUUUCUUAAUAGAAAUUUGAUGUAUCCUUUCCAUCCUGGGAAUGGACAUAAUGAUAGUCGGAGGACUGUGUUUUGUACCCAUGAAGAGUGGGAAUUUUUAGACCCAACCCCUAAGGACCUAGAGGAGUCCAUAGUACAGGAAGAAAAGAAGAAGCCGACCCCUGAAGGAAACAAAGGAUUUGUACCUCAAUUGAUGGAAUACUGGUAAUUCUUCUAUUCCAUUUGAAGAUGAAAAAGGCCAAAAUCAUAGGCCUGGCAUAGAAGUUGGAUAAUGAAGACAGCUGUGGAAGAACACAUAGAUACACACACAUAUAGACACACACAUAUAUAAAGUACACAGACAUAUUAUUUUUAAAGUUUAUUUUUUAAAGUUUUAAAGUUUUUAAAAUGAAAACUGGCCCUGCCCCUCUCCCAGAGUGAGCGGAGGACAGCGGUUGCAUGAGCAGCUUUCCUUGUGAGGCCACAGGUCCCUCUGGACAUGCUGCUGCCUGGCCAUGGCUCCUUUCCUUUUCAUCUUUCUGGUAGACCAAGGGGCUUUGAGCAUUAAGGUCACACCCCUAUUAUGCAUUCUAGUGUGACCCUGGUUACACCUUCCCUGGCUCAGUCACACAGCUGUGUGGUAGGCUAUUAGAAGUGUUUAGCAGUUGUCACUGGGAUCACACUGAUGUGGCCCCAUCCCCGCCUCUCCCUGCUCCGUGAUAUCAGAAGAAACCUGACAGAGCAAAUUGUCCACGGCCAAGAAAAAGAAACAACAGAACCAAGAAAUGGUGGAUCAGUUGGAAGAAGAAAAGAGUGCCACCAAAAGCAGGGAGCUCUAAGGAAGCAGUUACAGGUUCACAUUCAGAAUGUAGAAAUCCUUGUAUCAGAGAAAGCCAAGUUACAGACAGCCCUGGCUCACACUCAGCAUGCUGCCAGGCAGAAAGAAGGAGAGUCCGAAGAUCUGGCCAGCUGCCUGUAGUAUUCCUGGCAGUGUGUGGGAGAGUUGGAGCAGGCUCUUUGCUGUCUCCACACAGCAGAAGAAAGCAGACAGGUUUUCAAGGCACUGUGAAGGCCCUGAUGCUAAACAG